AUGUCUGAUAAGCUGCCCCGGGCCACUUUGAGGCAGAAAAUUCAGGUCCUGGAUUAUCUUCAUGGGCCGCCGUCCAGGUCGCAAAAGGAAACAAUUGAGCAUUUUCGGAAACUCGGCGAGUUUGGUAUAUCCCAAGCGACCCUGUCGACUUGGGUUCUUAAAGAACCAGCACUCAGAACGCAGCUCAGCAGCAAUCCCACGUUUGAGACGUACAAACGCAAGCCACGACUAAAAUACCCGGACGUCACAAAGGCUGUCGAAGAAGAGAUCGAGCGAUACUUUGCAGAAAACGAAACCAUAACGGAUAUGCAAAUCACUAAUUUAUUCAUGAAAUAUAUGGAGCAACUUGGCUACUCUACAAAGUCCUUCAAAUUGAGCAAAGGGUGGCUGCACGCAUUCAAGAAACGCAAUCGCAUAUUUAACGGUCGUCGGCUGCGCGACUGGCAACCUCAACCUCCUGAAACGUACAACGACAGUGCCUCCUUAGACCUCAACUACGAUGAAAUAUUUAAUAACCAGUUCGUGGGUUUCAAUACCAGAUUAAUCCAUUCAGAUGACCACUUCACCAACCUUAUCAAUAGCAUUCCGGGGCUCGAGCAAAUAUCACAAGACACAGAUCGCAUCGAACCAGUUGAGCUUCAGCCACCCUCUGCGAUUCCUCCUCCACAACCUGAAAAAUUACCAUAUUAUCCAACUAUUCAAAAUCCGCUACAGAACCAGCUCUCGCGCAAACCAUAUGUACUCGAAAACUUCAAGUACUCCAAAGGGUCGCACCCAAACUCAGAAAAGGUGGAAAAAAUCCUCGAGAAUAUCACUGAAGGGACUUCAGAAGCUGACCCUUGA